AUGCAUAAAGCAUCCAGUUCAAAUAAGAGCUUUGAUGAUACCAUUGAACUAAAGAAGAAUGAACAGUUAUUGAAACUGAUUAAUUCCAGUGAAUUCACGCUACAUAAUUGCGUAGAGUUGCUAUGUAAACACUCUAAAAAUAUUGGUAUUCAUUACUAUUUGUGUCAGAAGUUGGCUACAUUUCCUCACGGUGAACUACAGUUUUAUAUACCCCAAUUAGUACAGGUUUUGAUAACUAUGGAAACAGAAUCAAUGGCUUUAGAAGAUUUGCUAUUGAGGUUGAGAGCGGAGAACCCUCAUUUUGCACUGCUGACAUUCUGGCAAUUGCAAGCGUUGCUAACGGAUUUAUCUACAGACCCCGCUUCCUAUGGUUUUCAAGUUGCUAGAAGAGUGCUAAACAAUUUGCAAACAAACCUUUUUAAUACAAGCUCAAAUGACAACAAAAAUGUUAGAAUAAAUGAGAACGUUGCACCAGCUUUAGUACUUUCCUCCAUGAUGAUGUCAGCAAUAGCAUUACCACAGUUAAGUAAAGCCACGAAGCCAUUGGUAGAAUCUCAAGGUAGAAGACAAAAAGCCUUUGUUUUUAAAUUAGCCAGAAGCGCGAUGAAGGAUUUCACCAAAAAUAUGACCUUAAAGAAUACCCUGUUAAACAAAAAAAGCUCCAAAUCGAAAAGAGUCAGCUCAAGCAGCAGCUUAACUCAAACUUCUCCGAUAGAUUUAAUAGAUCCAAUAAAAACCAAAGAAGAUGCAACAUUUAGAAAAUCGAGACAUAACGAGGUGAAAUUGGAUUUCGACAUCGUAGACGAUGUAGGUAACCAAGUGUUCGAGGAGAGAAUUUCAUCCUCAAUCAAACUACCAAAACGUAAACCCAAACAUUUGGAUAACUCUUAUGUCCACAGGACAUAUGAUGGCAAAAAUAUCAAUAGAGAUGAACCUCUAACAAGAACUGCAAAAGGAGUAGAUUGUGUUUAUAUUUCUUCGAAGGGAUAUAAUGAUGAGAAUACAGAUAUUGUUAACAAUGAUGAUGAAACGGGUGGAGAAACAGAGGAGGAUACAGACGCUUUAAACUCCGAUCAGUUCACCAGUUCUAUGCCAGAUCUGCAUAAUAUUCAACCAAGACUUUCUUCUGCAUCGUUCGCUUCUUUAGAGGGGACACCUAAACUGAAUAGGACGAACUCUCAACCGCUUUCGCGCCAAGCAAUUAAAAACAGUAAAAAGGCAAGCUCCUCAUUGAGUAAAAAGAUUGAUCUAUCUCAACUGUCGACUACAUCUAAAAUUAAAAUGUUGAAGGCAAAUUAUUUCCGUUGCGAGACACAAUUUGCCAUUGCAUUAGAAACUGUAUCUCAGAGGUUAGCUCGAGUACCGACGGAAGCCAGAUUAAGUGCCUUACGUGCUGAGCUAUUUUUAUUAAAUAGAGACUUGCCGGCGGAAGUAGACAUCCCCACUUUAUUGCCUGCAAAUAAGAAAGGAAAGUUGCAUAAGUUGGUAACCAUUACAGCUAAUGAGGCGCAGGUUUUGAAUUCUGCUGAAAAAGUUCCAUAUUUGCUCUUGAUAGAAUAUUUAAGAGAUGAAUUUGAUUUUGAUCCAACAAGUGAAUCAAAUGAAAAGCUAUUAAAGAAGAUCAAUAGUAAUGAAGGUGGCCUAAUAUUUGAUUUAAAUUACAUGAAUAGAAAGGAUAACAAUGAAAAUAAGAACGAGAGUGCUCCACCUAGCAUUAACGCUCCAACUACAGCAUAUGAUAACAAAACACCAGACAAUGGAAUUUCCCGCAAUGAGGACCUUUCCAACACUUCAAGAGUUGAUUCGGCCUCUCUAUCCCGUUUUAGAACUGAGGUUAAUAAAGAGGAAGAUUUAGGCGAUAUGUCAAUGGUAAAAGUCAAGAACAGAACAGAUGAUGAAGCGUAUAGAAAUUCUUUAGUAUUACAGAGUGCUGCCAACGUUCCAAUUUUGUCUGCUGGUAGUCAAGACAGAAGUCCAGAGUUGAACUUUGGUUCGAACUUAGAUGAAGUACUCAUUGAAAAUGGAAUUAAUAACAAAAAAAUUCAUAAUCAAACAGACGCUUUAGCAGACCAAAUGAGAGUUUCAGCAGUUAUGUUAGCGCAACUGGAUAAAUCGCCACAGCAGCUGUCUGAAAGUACAAAACAGAUUCGUGCCCAAAUCAUUUCAUCAAUGAAGGAGGUGCAGGAUAAAUUUGGUUAUCACGAUUUGGAGGCCCUCCAUGGAAUGGCAGGUGAAAGAAAAUUAGAAAACGAUUUAAUGACAGGUGGUAUUGAUACAUCAUAUCUGGGUGAAGAUUGGGCUACAAAGAAAGAAAGGAUACGUAAAACAUCAGAGUAUGGCCAUUUAGAAAACUGGGAUUUAUGUUCUGUGAUUGCCAAGACCGGUGAUGAUUUGAGACAGGAAGCUUUUGCAUAUCAAAUGAUUCAGGCGAUGGCCAAUAUAUGGGUCAAAGAAAAAGUGGGAGUUUGGGUAAAGAGAAUGAAGAUUUUAAUUACAAGUGCAAACACGGGACUUGUGGAAACUAUCACAAAUGCUAUGUCUGUUCAUAGUAUUAAAAAGGCUUUAACAAAAAAGAUGAUCGAAGAUGCAGAGCUGGAUGAUAAAGGUAGUAUUGCAUCUUUGAACGACCAUUUCCUUAGAGCUUUUGGUAAUCCCAAUGGGUUCAAAUAUAAAAGAGCCCAGGAUAAUUUUGCUUGCUCGCUAGCCGCAUAUUCUGUGAUUUGCUAUCUCCUACAAGUUAAAGACAGGCACAACGGUAACAUCAUGAUUGAUAAUGAAGGUCAUGUGAGUCACAUCGAUUUUGGAUUCAUGCUAUCAAAUUCACCAGGCUCCGUGGGCUUUGAAGCUGCUCCAUUUAAACUAACUUACGAAUAUAUCGAACUGUUAGGCGGAGUAGAAGGGGAAGCCUUUAAGAAGUUUGUUGAGCUUACAAAAAGUUCUUUCAAGGCUUUGAGAAAGUAUGCUGAUCAAAUUAUAUCAAUGUGUGAGAUCAUGCAAAAGGACAACAUGCAGCCUUGUUUUGAUGCUGGCGAACAAACCAGUGUACAACUACGACAAAGGUUCCAAUUAGAAUUGUCAGAAAAAGAAGUCGACGACUUUGUAGAGAACUUCUUGGUAGGAAAAUCCUUGGGUAGUAUUUAUACUAGAAUAUACGACCAAUUCCAACUUAUCACGCAAGGUAUUUAUAGUUGA